AGAUUAAACUGUCUCUGGUAGAACUGAAAGAAAAUGUCCAACCUUUCUACAUGUCAAAUAUGUAUGCCUUAAUUUUGUACCAGCAAGCUGUUCUGAGGCUUCAAAUGUGUGGUACAGAAGGUCAGGAUUUAAUGAAUGUGUCAAACAAUGUGUGGUUUAUCAAAGCAGUGGACAGUAAUGCACCUGAUGCUUAUGUUAGUCCUGUGGAUGAAAUAUCAAAAAACGUUGCAAAAAUUUCCCUAGGUGAUAAGUUUGAUACUAAAACACCAAAUGAGAACUUGGGGGUACAGAAAACCCCAGCUACUUUUAUUAAGACCAAAAAACCUGUUAAUAGUAAAGGAAUGACACGUUCUUGCAGGGCACCCACCAAGAAAGCUCCCAAAACAGUUUUAAGAAAUUAUUUAGACUCAUUGGGAACUUCCACAGAAAAUCAAUCCAAGUUGAGAGAUAGACAGAAAUGUGCAUCUCUUAUGUAUGAAUUUGGUACAACAGAUGAUGAUGAUGAUGACAUUGGCAGUGACGAAUGUUUUGUAGAAGGUAGUUACAAAGAUCAAAGGACUAAAUCGUCAGCUAGAGUCUCAAAAAGAGGAAAGAGUCGAACACAAAGGACCCGAAAAGAUCUAAACAUUGCGUGUCAGUCAAAGCUUACUCAGCCAGAAUUACCUGGAUUGUUUGUUACACCAAAGAAAUCCAGAAGAAAACAACUAAAAAGGUAUCCAACUGCUACAGAAUUGGAUACAAGUGGUGAAAUUCCUGAACAGACUUCAGAUAGGUUACUGACAGACAAAUUUAAAAAAGCAGACUUUGGAGAUGAUACUGUGCAAAAAGUGCUUCACAGUAGAACAAAAGAAAAUGUUUUUGAAGCAUCAUCUCCAUCUUUCAACAAAGAUUCUUUGCUUAACACUGCUACCAUUUGCCAGGUGGAAAAAGAAAACAGUUCAGAUCUGUUAAACAAUGAAAAACAACUAAAGACACAGAAAAAUAACAAAACUUCUAAAAACAAUAACUCUGUAAAAGAGGUUCCAAAAACAAAGAGAAUAACAAGGUUAAGAAAAAAGCAAAAUAAUGAAUCAACAAAGAUGACUGUGGAACAUCCACGAGAUGAUGAUAGCUCUGUUUUAAAUGAUAUGUUGAUAUCUCCAGUUUUAGAAUUUGUUCCCAGUCCAGAUAUACCUCUGAAAGACUCGGAAUUUUUCAAAAAUUGGUCACCCAAGUUGUCAGAAAUUGAAUUAAUUGCAUCAGAAGGAAAGCCAUUUUAUAUCGGGCCAAGAAACAAACAAAAAUCUGUAACAUUUUCUCUCAGUAACGAUACUUUUAUGUCAAAAGUAUCUGAUGUAGGAUCUCCAGAAGUAUUUCGAGUAACAGAAGAAGCUCCUGUUACUAGUUCUAUAAGAAAUCAUUCUUCAAGUAGGAAACCACUGAACAAAAGAAAUACUAAAGCUACAAAUAAGAACCCAACAAACUCCAUAAUACUGAAAUCUGAAAGUCAUGAUACCAGUGAUAAAGAAGAAGCUACGUGCAGUGUUGUGCGCUCUUCUGUCUCGGAAUCUAACUUGGCCUCGCUUCUUUCCAGUCAUGAAACUAUGGAUGUGAGAUCGAACUUGGAGAUGAUUUCUCCACAAAGUCAACUUACUGAAAACUGGUGUGAAGAAAAUUACAAAGGUACUUUGUUAAUGAAGAUUAAAGAAGACCUGUCUGAAGCUCUUACACUAAUACAGCAUCAUCCUCCUUGUCCUUUGUAUGGUAACAUCUGUCAAUUACUGGCUCUGUUGAGUGGUGUAGAGGACAAUGGUUUCCCUGAUGUAGAGAAUCAAAAAAUGACAGCAGCACAUUAUUUUAGUGAAAGUGUUGCUGUCACAAUGAGACAUCAAGCUUCCAUUUGCUUGACAAAAAAGAUCAGAAACACAUCCACAGCAGCUGAAGUUAUUCCUGUAGAGACCCCACCCUUCAAGGAAAGUCAGAAAUUCACAACUGAAGGUACUGAUGAAGUGCAAAAACAGAUACUGCAGUUCAGUGAUGAUCAGAAUUUUCAAAAGAUCAUGGAGAGAAUUGAUUUUAUCCCUAAAGGUUGGACAGUGAUUCAGGUGUGUGGGGUACCACAAGAUGUUUGUCUGACAGCAAAGCUCUCUCACUUCACAGUGCCUGACCUGCUAGUAUGUAGAUAUAGGCAUGGAAGGACUCCAACUUUUGUCUUGUUUAAUAGCAGUCAAGACACUCAGUUUCAGACAAGCUUUUUGAAGGAGUUUCACACCAUCUUAGAAGAAAGUGCAGCCACAAUGCAGAAAGAAGACCCUAAAACUUGGUGGACAAUUCGUUAUGCCUUGGACAAUCGCUUGAAGGAACUAACGGAGAGUAUGGAAAACAUGUGGCUUGGCUGUUGGAAAGGUGUAUUUCUUGGAAAAGUAGAUGAUGAAAACUAUACUUCUGCACUUAAGAAUACCAUUAAGGAUUUAGUGGAAAUUACCUCUAGUCAAGGUCUUCAUUGUAAUCAGGAGGACUUGUUAGAGAUUUUAGUUGAUUCCAGCAGCCACUUGAACAACAAGCAACUGUCUUCCUGCAUCAAUCAUCUGUGGAAUGUGAAAGCAACAGAUUCAGUUCAUCAAAAUAUAUUUAAAAUUAUAAGAGACUCUGAGAAAAAGCCAUCCAACUCUUGUAAUCGACAACCUGUUCUGCUUAUUCUUGACAAGUAUGUUCAACCAUUACCAUGGGAAAGUUUACCCAUGCUCCAGCACUCUCCAGUCUCUCGCAUUCCUUCGUUACACUUACUUCACUCCCAGCUGUCCUUGUAUAGAUUAUCUCCCAAUACUAUUUUUAAUAGGGGCAUCAACUCAACCAAAACUUACUAUGUAUUGAACCCCAGCAAUGACAUUCCUCACACUCAGAAGAAGUUUGAGGAAGUUUUUAAAAGUAUGAAAGGAUGGAAUGGAAUAGUUGGACAGAAGCCCUCUAACCAAGAGUUAGCAUCAGCUUUGACUGAAAAUGACUUAUUUCUGUAUUGUGGACAUGGGUCAGGACGUGUUUAUCUGGCUGGAGAAAGUAUUGAAAGACUGCAGUGUCGUUCAGCCUCGGUACUUAUGGGAUGCAGUAGUGGAAAGUUGAAGGUGUUUGGGCAGCAGCUAGAACCAACAGGUGUAGUUCUGCAGUACUGGUUAGGUGGCAGUCCAUGUGUUGUUGCCAACUUGUGGGAUGUGACAGACAAGGAUAUUGACCGAUUUACAGAAUCACUCUUAGAAUUGUGGCUCCCCAAUUGGAAAAAUGAGGCAAAAGACAUUCAAGCUUCUUUUAUCACAGCUGCACUUCCUGUUGCUAGACAAGCGUGUAAACUCAAGUACCUGAUUGGUUCUGCACCUGUCAUAUACGGACUGCCAGUAUUUACUGUAAAGUAGCUUAUAUUAGUGUACUUUGUAAUAUUUAAAUUUGAUUUUAUACAUAUUGUAGCAACAACUGAUCAUCUGUUUAAAUGGAUGGUUGAAUAAAUAAAAUUUUAUGAUCUACCCAUCAAAAGUUACAGAAUGUGAGAAGGCUGUUUCCAUGAACCAACAGUAGAAGUGGCAGUAAAACUUCAAUGAAUAUAACUGUAUUAGAAAAGUUAUAAGGAUGAAUUGUUUAAACAAAUACAGUAAGUUACAUGAUGAAAAAUGAAUUAAUAAUGACUUUCUGUAAGUUGCUUAUGCCUAUUAAUAUGAUGUUCAUCACGUAUUAAAAAAACAAGAGGCUUAGCUAUGGUUCAUCAGAUGUACGAAAAUACAAUCAGCUGUAGAGCUCAUUAUGCUUUAUCAUCAUCAUCAAAGUACAUAUAUUUUAUUAUUAAAUUCGUAAUGAUACCUUGAAGUGCUAUUAUUAUACAAGUGGCAAAAAAUGCUUGUGUUGUAUCAACUAGGUGAAAUUGUGUAGUUUCUGUUUCCAGCUUUGUAUAAGAAUUGUUAUUGAAUUUGUAAUUUUUUAACAAACGUAUUGUAAUAAAGAUGUUUUUUACUGUAUUGAUAUUAAUUGUAUUUGACAUCGAAUUUUAGUAA